AUGGCGCACGCUCGCGCAUUAUGGAUUUCUUUGGCUCUCCUUCUGAUAUCUCUGGUAUGCGUGCGGGCGCAGGAGCCAGUGGUCACUCUCAAUCGCUUCCACAACUUGCCCGCUGCCCUCCUCUCGCUCGAUGACACUACGACUGCUAUGUACCACGACAUCAUCGAAGGGAACAUAUACGUGUCGCAAGAUGAGGGAAAGAGCUGGGAACGCGCCAACGGCGUUCCUCCGGGACAGGCUCUCAUGUUCUUCGAACACCCAUUUUACAACCGGAUGGCCUUUGCGCUCACCAAGGGAACGACGCACUACCUUACCGCGGACCGCGGCAAGACGUGGCGACCGUUCAAAGUGCCUAUCCCGCCAGCAUUUGUCACACGACCGCUCUCCUUCCACUCCGACAAGGAGAAGUACGAUCACAUCCUCUACCAGGGCACCAACUGCGAACGCUCGGGAUGGGGCGCCGUUUGCCACGACGAGACGUACUACACCAUCAACGCGUUCGCCGACGUAAAGCUCAUGCUCUCCGAGACGAGCCUGUGUCAGUUCGCGCACUCGUCUGCCGACUUCAAGCACAAUGCGCACGAGAACCUCGUUUACUGCGUUGCGUUUGACACCAGCAGCACCAGCGGCCAUCACUCCCUCUCCUCCUCCCGCCUUUUCUCUUCCACGGACUUCUUUGAGAAGGAGAACAAGGUCGAGGAUCUGGGCAUUGGAAAGAACGCUCGCGGCGUUGUCGCACUCGCCAUAGUCUCUAAGUUCGCCGUUGUAGCGCUCAAAGACGUGACUGGCGCAGGCGACAUGUUGCUGUACGCGACUGUGGACACGGUGAACUGGGCCAAGGCGCAGUUCCCACAAACCAGCUCUGCGCGCCUUCGCGAGAACGGAUACACGAUCGUGGAGAGCACUACGCAUAGUCUGGCGGUCGAUGUUAUGCUGGGCGAGCAGGGCGCCGUUGGCACCAUGUUCGUAAGCAACAGCAACGGGACAUUCUUCGUCGAAAGUCUGAAGGACACGAACCGGAACGAGAUGGGCUUUGUGGACUUCGAGACGCUCGUAGGCAUUGAGGGUGUAGGAAUUGCGAACGUUGUCGCGAAUGCGCAGGAUGUUGAGGGUCGAGGCGCGUCCAAGAGGUUGAGGAGCAUGAUCACGUACGACGAUGGAUCAAGCUGGAGUACACUUCGUGCGCCGUCUACGGAUAGCGAGGGAAAGCGCAUUGGGUGCGACCCCGCAGACGCGGAUGUCUGCGCGUUGCACCUCCACUCCGUCACCAUGCCGCAUAACUUCGGGCGGGUAUUCAGCUCUACGGCGCCUGGUCUUGUUAUGGGCGUUGGAAAUGUGGGCGAGUACCUCAAGCCGUACGAGGAGUGCGAUACCUUCCUGUCCACCGACGCUGGUAUCACUUGGAAGAUGGUCAGGCGGGACGCGCACAUUUACGAGUUCGGCGACAAAGGCUCUGUCAUUGUCGCAGUGAACGACGAGGAGCCUGUCGAUGCCGUGCGCUACAGCACUGACAUGGGCAAGAGUUGGAAGAGCGCCAAGUUGCCGACGAAGAUCAGGGCGAGGGCGUUGACGACCGUGCCGGACAGCACGAGUCAGAAGUUCAUGCUUCUUGGGCAGCUAGGAAGGGGUGAUGCAGAUGAUAGUGGGCGCUAUGUUGUUGCCCAUCUGGACUUUGCGCCGGUGAGGGGACGGCAGUGCGGAGAGGAUGACUUCGAGAAGUGGUACGCGAGGAGUAAGGAUCACUCGUGUCUUAUGGGCCAUAAGCAAUGGUACAAGAGGCGCAAGCCGGACGCGGACUGCUAUGUUGGGAAGAAGUUCGAAGACCCGGUGGAGCAUGAGGAGAGUUGUCCUUGCGUCGACUCGGACUUUGAGUGCGACUAUAACUUCGUACGCCACAACGACCAAUGCGUGCCUGUCGGCCCCGAACCCAUCCCGGCGGGCGUGUGUCCCGACAAGAACUCGAAGUUCAUGGGCUCCUCCGGCUUCCGCCUCAUCCCAGGUAACACCUGCGACCGCGACCGCGGCGUGAAGAAAGACGAAAAGGUCGAGAAGAGCUGCGCGAAUGCGGCGCCGGAGGAAGGAUCAGUUAUCCAUCAGACGUUCGACUUCCCGUCCCGCAUCGUCCAGCACGCAUACUUCAAGGAUGAGAAGACAACGAUUCUUGUGCGCCUCGACAGCGGUGAUAUCUACCAAAGUCAGAACGAGGGCUACACCUGGAACCAGAUUCAACCAGGCAACAGGUUCCUCGCGUUCUACCAUCACUCGUUCACGCACGACCGCGCUUACCUCAUCACGGCUGGCAAGGAGUACUAUUAUACCACCGAUACAGGCCGCAAUUGGAAUCCGCUCAACGCUCCAACACCGCCAAACACGUUUGGCGCACAGGUCUUACGCUUCCAUCCCGAGAACAGCGACUACUUGAUCUGGGUCGGUAACGAAGGCUGCGAUGGCAUGCAGAAGGACUGCCGUGCUGUGGCGCACUACAGUCGCGAUAACGGCCGAAAGUGGUACAAGGUCGAGGACUACGUCCGCAACUGCGCUUGGGCCCGCGAUUCGGCAUUCCGCGUCGAUCCUAGCGAGAUCAUCUGCGAAAGUUACAGGGACAAGAAGGGCAACCAGCGAUUCUUCAACCCCGGCAAUAACGCGCUCGAGCUUUGGACUGGACCGACAUUCUACGCUAAUAAGCACCGCGUAUUCGAGCAUGUCGUCGGCUUCACCAAGUUCUCGGAGUACCUCAUCGUCGCAGAAUAUCAGCCCGAGCACGGCAACCUCGAUCUGCAAGUUUCGCUCGACGGUCUUCGGUUCUCCGCUGGCCAAUUCCCACCAUCGAUGCGCCCGGACUCGCAACACGCGUACACAAUCCUGGAGAGCAGCACCGAUAGCGUAUUUCUCCAUAUGACGACACAGGAGCCGCCUGGUCCCGCAUGGGGCACGAUCCUGAAGAGUAACUCCAACGGGACGUACUACGGUGUUAGCAUCCAAAAUGUGAACCGGGACGAGCGGGGAUACGUUGAUUUCGAGAAGAUGAUCGGGUUGGAUGGUAUCGCGCUCAUCAACGUCGUCACGAACCCUGAUACAGCGAAGGUUGAGGGGAAGAAGGUCCUUCAGACUAGGAUAUCGCAUAACGAUGGAGGUUCUUGGAAGGCGCUUAGUCCGCCUUUGAAGGAUAGUCAUGGGAACGAUUACCCGUGCAACUACGUUGGGUGCACCCUGAACCUGCAUGGGUAUACCGAGCGCUACGAUCCCCGCGCGACAUUCAGCACGCCAAGUGUGGUCGGCCUUAUCAUGGCGGUCGGAUCGGUCGGCGAGCAGCUAUCGCCGUACACUGAGAGCGAUACGUUCCUCAGCCGCGACGCGGGUUUCACGUGGGAAGAGGUCCACAAGGACGCGCACCUGUGGGAGUUUGGCGAUUCGGGAAGUGUGCUGGUCAUGGUCAACGACGAGGGCCCGACGGAUACGGUGCUAUACACCACCAACGAGGGCCUGGAGUGGCAGGAGUACCGUUUCACCGACGAGAAGAUCCGCGUAAGGUCCAUUGUCACGGUUCCGAGCGAUACAAGCCGGCGCUUUAUUCUGCUUGGAGAGAAGAGUGGAACGAAGGGCACGACUGCCAUCCAUCUGGACUUCAGCGCGCUCACGACGCAGAAGUGUGUCCUCGACAUCGAGAAUCCCGGUGACGAUGACUUCGAGCUUUGGAGUCCCAGCGAAGAGCGUGAAGAGCGCUGUCUCUUUGGCCGUCAGACUCUGUAUCACCGUCGUAGGAGAGACCGCAAUUGCGUGGUCGGCAAUCAGCCCAAGGCGACGGAGAAGAUCGUGAAAGAUUGCACCUGCCUCGAGACUGACUUCGAGUGCGAGUUCAACCACGAGCGUAACGAAGAGGGCAAAUGCGUGCUGGUUCCAGGACUCUCGCCGCUACCAGACGAUACCACCUGCCAACCCGAUACCGAUUCGUGGUUCGAGCGCACGGCGUACCGGCGCAUCCCGCACUCAUCGUGCAAGGAGGGUGUGCGUCUUGACCGCGGCAAAGAACACACAUGCCCUGGCUUGCGUGGACAUGGAUUCUUCUUCUGGCUGUUCAUGCUCAUGCUGCCCUUCGCCUUUGUCGCGCUCGGCGUCACUUGGUGGUACCGUCGCAGCGGCAUGGCAACUGGAACGAUUCGUCUACCCGGAGGUGGCGAUUCGCGCCCGCGCGGUUUCAGCUCAGAGGCCGGCUUCAUGGACAACCUCACGUCUGUACCUUGGUACGUCGUGGGUAUGGUGGGUAUCGCAUGGGAGAAAGUUGCGGAUACGGUCGAUGGCUGGACAGCGCGGUUCCGCCAUCGGACUGGAUAUGGGUACCGACACGUACCAGUCGACGCGGAUGCGCAGGUCUUACGGUUCGAGGAUGAGGAAGAGUAG